UUUAGUUUAAAUCAAGUCUUGUAGAGAUAAAUGUACUUUGUUCACUAGGGAACUACUGAUUCCAAUGCACUUUCGGUGGUUUUCCAGCACUGCCAUUCACCGCGACCGCAUUCAUUUCGAAGAACGUGCGCUGGAAGCAACAACAAAAAACUCUGAUAAUUACAGUUAACAACAACAACAACAACAAACAGUUGCAGCAUUGUUGUCAAUCUUCGAGUAGAAUCAAUCAAGUGUGCCUGUGUGUGACGUCACAAUAACUGUAGCAGCCAUGUAUGCCAGUAUGAGCGAUGAUGACAGAGAUAUUGAUAUUGAGAGUGACGACGAUGGCGACUCGGAUACGGGGUUGGGUUCGUCUCGUCACACGAAUACAGCAAAUUUUACACAGGCCGAGAAGCGAGCACACCAUAACGCGCUGGAGAGACGGAGAAGAGAUCACAUAAAGGAGAGCUUCACCAACCUGCGUGAGGCAGUGCCCACGCUGAAGGGGGAGAAGGCUAGUCGUGCUCAAAUACUCAAGAGGACCACGGAAUGCAUACAGACUAUGAGGAAGAAAAUCAACGACAAUCAAAAAGACAUUGACGAGAUCAAGAAACAGAACAUCCAACUGGAUCAGCAGAUUCGUGCCAUGGAAGGUGGCAUGAAUGGUGAUGUCUACGGCGAUCUCCAGAGCGAAGAUGAUGUGUGCAGUGACGACGUAGAGGACGAGGAUCUGGAACUGCCCGAUUCCAGUAGACGCAAUAAAAAGAUGAAAACCUUCCAUGCAUAGCUGCCAAUUAUGUGAAUUAACAUAUUUUAGCUAUAAGCCCAUGAAAUUAUGUGCAUUAUCAUAACGAGGGUAACGAGUCGAGUCCAAAAAGUGUGUCCCUCCGUCGCCACCAAAUCCUCCAAAUUCUACCUUAAUGUGUGCACACAUGUGUGUGCGUAUCUUUUGUACUUUGAACAAAGCUUUGCUCCAUUAAUUAAUUAAGAUUGAAAGUAUAUAUUUUA